AUGCAACAUCCUCCGUCCUGGGCGCUGCUGAGCGCCAUCUACGCCUUCACUCUGGCAGCUGCGGGCAGUCUGCCGCGCGGUGUCGGCCCUUCCUUCGCCGCCCAUUACCAGGGCAAAGAAGACUUCUCCUGCAUCACCAACACGGCAAUCAAGCUCAGCCUGAGCCAGGUCAACGACAACAGCUGCGACUGCCCCGACGGCUCCGACGAACCGGGCACCGCCGCCUGCGCCAACCUCGAUGCUCUCUCGCCCGAACAGCCACUGCCGGGCUCCGUCGCCGGCACCACCAAAACCUCCAAUGCCUUGCCCGGCUUCUGGUGCGCCAACGAGGGCCACAUCGGCAUGUACGUGCCGUUCUUGUACGUCAACGACGGCGUGUGUGACUACGAGCUGUGCUGCGACGGCUCCGAGGAGUUCCGCCUGGGUGGUGUCAAGUGCGAGAACCGCUGCGCCGAGAUUGGCAAGGAGUACCGCCGCCUGGAAGACGAGAAGCGCCGCAACAUGGAAAAGGCCGCCCGGAAGCGCGACGCCAUGACCGCCGAGGCCCAGGAGCUCCGCCGCAAGGUCGAGCUCAAGAUCAACACCCUGCAGGACGAGAUCCGCGCCCUCGAGACCAAGCGCGCCGGCCUGCAGCAGCGCUACCGCGAGGUCGAGCAGGAGGAGAAGGGCAAGGUCGUCCGCGGCGAGGGCGGCGGCGGCAAGCUGGGCGUGCUCGUCGGCCUGGCCAAGACGCGCAUCAACGAGCUGCGGGCUACUCUUGAGGAUGUCCUCGACCAGCGUGAUGAGCUCCGCGAGCGGGCCGAGGAGCUCGAGGAGAUCCUGAAGAAGUUCAAGGAGGAGUACAACCCCAACUUCAACGACGAGGGCGUCAAGGCUGCCGUCAAGUCGUUCGAGGACUACUCGGCCCGUCAGGACAUCGAGGCCAGGCGGGUGCAGCGGUCUGAGGACGAUGUCUUGAGCGUUCUCAAGGAGGACAGCGAGACCAACGGCGUAAACUGGAAGGAAUUUGAGGGCGUCGAUGGCGACGACACCGAUAUCCUCUUCAACCUCGAGGCUUACCUGCCCUCGUUCGCCCGAAGCCUCCUGCACAGCACCCUCGGCGGCCUGCGCGUGUGGCUCAUCGAGAACGGCGUCCUCGCCGACAACGUCAAGCCCGGCGCCGAGUCGACCCUAGUGCGCGCCGCCCGCGAGGCCUUCGAGCACGCGGAAAAGGACCUCAAGAAGAAGAACAAGACGCUCGACGGCGAAAAGGAGGACCUGGCCACCGACUACGGCCCCGGCGACAUCUUCCGCGCCCUCAAGGGCAAGUGCGUCAGCGUCGAGGCCGGCGAGUACACGUACGAGCUCUGCUGGCUGGAGAAGACGGCGCAAAAGUCCAAAAAGGGCCACGGCAACACGAACAUGGGCAACUUCAAGCGCGUCGACCGCGAGGUGGCCGACGACGAGGACCGCCUCGACGGCAAGAGCCUCGGCCGGGGCGAGCGCAUGGUGCUGCGCUACGAGGACGGCCAGAGCUGCUGGAACGGGCCUAAGCGGCGGACCGACGUCUGGCUGGGCUGUGCCGAGACGGAGGAGGUUUGGCGUGUUGCC